AAAGUUGCAUGCUGUACACUUUUCAUACCUCAAAUUGCCUGAUUUUUAGCACUUCACUUGUCGUUAUCCUCAUUAUUGCAUAUCACUCUACAACAACACACAACCUCACAAUUUUUCUUUCCCUCUAAAACAAAAAAAAAAACUUCAGCAUGGCAAAAUUAAAGCAAAUGAGUAAAUGAUAAAGUGAGAAAAAAUCCCACCCUCACCCUCAUCUAACCAAUCAAAAUCACUCUUUCUAUCUUCUUGGAUCACCUUCCCAUAUUUCCACCUUGUCCUCAUCUUAUUCCUUUCUUUUAUCACUCCCUACCUAAGUUAGUUAGUCCCCACAUCAAAAAAACACACACACUUCCCUCCACUAAACUUAAAAACUUUCCCUCUUUUCCUUAACUACUUGUCACAUUUCUCACCACCACAAUUCUUUCUCUUCUUACCAUGGCCACCAUCCACCACCAUCAUUACCACCACUCUUCUCACUCCGCCGGGGCCAUUCGGCCUCGGCGACACUCCUUAGACUACUCCUCCCUCCCUUCCUCCACCAUUACAUCCUCCUCUCUUUCCUUAAAACACCCCACAUCCACCAUCUCCUUAUCCUCCCACAUGAUCACAUUUUCACUUUCCUCCACAGCAGCCGCUACAACAACUCCCAUCACUGCCCCAGACACCGCCUUCUCGCUAGAUAACCUCCAACGCCACCUCGCCUCAGGAAACUUUCGUUUAGCGGACGACGAAACCCGCCGUCUUAUCAUUGUCUUAGCUGGUGAAGCUGCCAUCAAAAGAGGCUAUGUUUUCUUCUCAGAAGUGCAGUUUAUACCUAAGGAUGAUCUCAUAGCCAUUGAUGAGCUUUGGAAGAAGUUUAGCAACAAUAAGUUUGGUUAUAGUGUUCAAAAGAAGAUAUGGUUGAAGGUUGAUAAGGACUUUACUAGGUUCUUUAUUAAGGUAGGGUGGAUGAAAAAGCUUGAUACUGAAGUUGAGCAGUAUAAUUAUAGGUCUUUUCCUAAUGAAUUUAUUUGGGAGCUUAAUGGUAAUAAUAGUAAUAACAAUGUUGAAGAAAAUAGUAGUAGUAAUAAUAUUCCUCCUGAAGGACAUUUGCCAUUGACAAAUGCUUUAAGAGGAACUCAACUUUUGAAUUGUAUUUUAUGUCAUCCUGCUUUUAAUGAAGAAGGGGAAGAAAGUGACAAAGGAGAAGAUGAACAAGUUCAGGUUGAUGAAAGUGAUAAGAAGAAAUCAAGGUUUGCUUCUUUAAGGGAUAGAUUAUUUAAGCCAAAUUAUAGUUUUUAAGUAGGAGGUAAUUAAAAGAAGAAGAAAAGAAAAAAUGAAGUUUGGGUUUUAUUUUUAUAUAGUAUAUGAUUAGCAAGUACUUGAUUAUAUUAUGAUGAUGAUUCUCCAUCUUUUGGCUUUUUGAUGGGUUUUGUUGAGUAUAAUAUGUAAAAUUCAAAUAUUUAAUUGAAAGUGUUGUAAAUUUGAGUA